AUGGCCAUGAAAGGGGAUGGCCCUAUGGUCGUUGGCCUGAUGUGGUCGAUGGCCGUUCUCUGUAUCUUCUUCACUGCCCUUCGAACUUACACUCGAACUGUUAUCGUCAAGUCUUUUGGAACGGAUGACAUUGUUUUCAUAGUCGCCUGCUUCAUGUUCAUCAUGUAUACCAUCUUUCUAACAAUCAGUGCCUCAAUUGGCUUCGGUCAGAAUAUGUGGGAGAUUCCAGAUGUCGAUAUACCUCCGACGGUGCUCUACUCAGCGAUCGGACAGACCUUCUCCAUCUUCGGUAUGGCCAUUGCCAAAUGGUCUCUCGGACUAUUUCUGCUUCGUCUGGUCUGUACUAGGAUGCAUAAGAUCGCGAUUUGGCUUCCCCUCAUUCUAUGCUUCCUUGCAUCCGUUCUCUGUGCUGCCUUCUUCUGGUUCGGCUGUACGCCUAUUGAGGCUGUGUGGAAUCGGGCUCUUCCUAGAUCUCACUGCGACGUGUUACCAAGAGUGCCCAUGUACUAUGUGUAUGGAAGUAUUUUAGUUUUUACUGACUUCUACUUCGCGCUGUUCCCGUGGCUCUUCAUUUGGAAGCUGAAUAUGAAAAAGCGUGAGAAGAUUGUGGUUCUAUGCAGCAUGAGUCUUGGUAUUUUUGCAGCAGCUUUCGGGAUCUUGCGGUGUAGCCAAAUCUCCGGGUUGACAAGUCCCAACUUCAUCAAAGCCGCUGUACGGGUUAUUCUCUUCGCCGCGGCCGAGCAAUGCGUCACGAUGAUCUGUAUCGGGAUUCCUGUCUGCCGUCCCCUCUACCGACAAUGCCUCAACAGGCGGAUGUCGCGCGACUCGAGCAGCUACAAUAACACGUGCGGAACCCAUCAACCGGUGGCCCUUCGCUCAAUGGCGGGGAGUGAAACUAGAUCGAAGGGAGCGACUUGGAAUAGGUCAACAAUUCGAGACAGCCACCUUUUAAGGGCGGGAGAACCGAUCCGGCAUACGUCAACGUCCGCUUCAGGUUUCUACGCAGAUGAGAAUCGCAGCGAUGAAGAAAUUUUUGCGUGUGAACAAAGGAGAAGCUCCAGGGCCGCCAUAGACCCUGAAAAGGGGGCAUCUGAUAGAGAAGAAUUCGGAGUAGCUAGCACAAAGACUUAG